AUGAUCUCGACUUCAACGGGCUAUGAAUUUGAUAUGGUGAGCAAUGAAGAUACAGACGACAUCGGCACAUUUCUACAAUUUUCACACAUGAAACAAGUACGAAGCAAGUUCUUCUACGACAUGAGUUUUAAAGAGUUUCGACAUAAGUACCUUACUCAAGUGAUCUUCACAAAUAAUGUAAUUUACAGUACAGUAUUUACUACGAAAGGAUACGAUACCUAUCUCAUGGAACUCAACCUUGGGCCAUCAUCGAUACAUUCUUCCGAUAUGCCGUAUUUUAUUGGAGUACAUAGGCAUGAGCUCACAGACGAUGAAAAAUUGGUUGACCAGUUCUAUGCAAAGAGCUUAAUUAAUUUCAUGCACGGACGUAAACCUCAUAAAGAUUGGCUGCCUUUCGAACCAGCUAAGCGGAAUUAUUUCGCACUGAAAGUAGAUAUCAAGAAAAACAUUUUACCGCAUAACGAAAUGGAUUAUCAUUCUGAUAUUGUCGAUUACUGGCUGUACAAUAUGACGCAAUUCGACAAAAAUCUUCCUAUGACGGCUGAUCCUCAAUUACGUUUCGAUGAAGUUGAUGCCACUUCAAGUCAUUCUGUACUUCGUUCUGCAUUGUCCUUUAUACUGUUCGCUUUGAGUCUUGCUAUUGCCUUCUUCAUUUUAAUGGCCGCUUGUGCAGCACUUUCCCCACAGGAUCCACCAAAUCAUGAGCGAGUACCGUUAGUGGUUCGGAAACAAUCUGUGAUCAAUCGGAAACCAACUGUAAUAGUGUCAUCAUUGAAGAGACGUUGA